CUUGGUAAAAGCGAUGCUGUGUUAUUUUAUCAUACUAGCCUAAAUGGUAAGGUUCCAACAAAGUCGUCCAAUCAGAAAUGGGUAUUUAUCUCUGUUGAAUCUAAAGCAUAUACAAGCAAAAACUUUUAAAAAAAAGAAUGGGUGAAUAAAUUUGAUUGGGUAUUCAGCUAUAGAACAGAUGCUGAUAUCUAUUAUCCGUACGGACUACUGGCAAGAACAAAAAUACAAUCCGAGAAAAACUACACAAAUAUUUUCCUUCAAAAGACGAAAAAUGUUGCUUGGGUAGUAACCCAUUGUAAUGCUGUAUCUAGGAGGUACACAUACAUUAAGAAGAUGAAUAAAACCAUAGAUGUUGACGUAUUUGGAGGGUGCGGUAAAAAAUGUUCUUCUCCUUGGAAUGAUGACUCCUGUUUUAAGGAUUUAAGUAAAGUAUAUAAAUUUUACUUGGCGUUUGAAAAUUCUCUAUGUGAAGACUAUGUCACUGAAAAGGCAUACCGGUUCUAUCAGGACGGUUUUGACCUAAUUCCAGUGUACCGAGGAGCUCCGAAUAUAAGAAACAUUUUACCAAAAGGUACAUUUAUCUCCUCCUUAGAUUUUUCAUCGCCUAAAGAACUAGCUUUACAUCUAAAACAUGUGGGAAGUAAUAAAAGUUUGUACACUAGUUAUUUGAAAGCAAAAGAUCGGUUCUUGUCAAGCUUGUAUACACGACAGGAGAUGCUGCAAUCUCUUCAUUGUUCUGUUUGUGAAAAACUCAACACAGGGUAUAAACGAAGCACCAAAUUGAAUUUAACACACUGGAUGUUUGAAAAGAAAUGCCUUCUCCCCACAGACAUUUGACAAUAUGAUAUGCAAUUGCGUAGCUUAAAUUGAGGCAAUGAGGCAACUGCGUAACUAAAUGUUUUACCGUCAAAAAAGAGAAGGAAAUAUUUAAUACAACUUUUUCUGUAAUGGCCCUUAUCAUUGACUUCUCCCCCUUUACACAAUCAUACCUUGUUAUA